UCUACCCUUACUAAAAGCUAAACAUAACCCUACUUACAAAGUAAGUCAAAAUGGACUCGGAAAAGGUAGAAGAAUUAAUAAAUUACUUUAAAACCCACAAUAAAUCAAAAGAAUAUUUAGGUCACACUGCCAAGGUGCAUUCUGUGGGUUGGAGUUGUGAUGGAAAACGUUUGGCGUCAGGCUCCUUUGACAAGUCAGUCUGCAUUUAUCUGUUAGAACGGGACCGAUUGAAUAAAGAAGUUGUAUUUAAGGGUCAUGGGGGUUCGGUUGACCAGCUUUGCUGGCACCAAUCGCACCCAGACUUGUUAAGCACAGCCAGUGGAGAUAAAUCAGUAAGAAUAUGGGACGUAAGAGUGCAAAAGAGUAUUGCUGCUAUAAACACAAAAGGGGAAAAUAUAAACAUAACGUGGGCACCAAACGGUGAAACGAUAGCAGUGGGUAAUAAAGAAGACCUGGUGACAUUUAUUGAUGCCAAGACUCAUAAAAUAAGAAGUGAAGAACAGUACAAUUUUGAGGUGAAUGAAAUAUCAUGGAACAAUACUAGUGAUCUGUUCUUUUUAACAAAUGGUCAAGGGUGUAUACAUAUACUCAGUUAUCCCGAUUUAGAAAUUCAACAUGUGUUAAAGGCCCACCCAGGUACAUGUAUAUGUAUAGAAUUUGACCCAACGGGAAGAUACUUUGCAACUGGCAGUGCCGAUGCGCUGGUUUCUUUGUGGGAUAUUGACGAAUUAGCUUGUCAACGUGUUUUUACGAGAAUGGAUUGGCCAGUGCGGACGAUAUCAUUUAGUCAUGAUGGUCAGUUACUGGCAUCGGCAUCUGAAGACCUAAUUAUUGAUAUUGCUUAUGUGGAAACUGGUGAUAAGAUUGCAGACGUGUCUGUGGAUGCAGCCACUUUUACGGUAGCUUGGCAUCCUUCAAUGUAUCUUUUAGCAUAUGCAUGUGAUGACAAAGACUCUUAUGAUAGAAAGAGGGAUGCAGGAAGUCUUAAAGUUUGGGGCUUUCCAUCAGAUUAAAGACUUAAUUCUAUUUUGUGUAAUUAUGAAGUUUAAUUUAAUUAUUCUUAUGUACCUUUAAGGUCUUUAAUAUAUUAUUUCUAUGAA